AAUAGAUAUAAGAUUCCCAACUUUAUUUAAUAAUAAUAGUUGAUUACAGUCACGUUGAGAAAAUACAACCACCUUUGAAUUCAUUAUUUUGUUUAGUCACUGAUGCAGCUGAAGCUGUCUUUGAUCAAGAAAGGACAGCUACUAAAUCAAAUAUACACCAAUGGCAUCUUGAACGCUUUUCUAAUGACUGAUGAUGUACUUAGUAAUAAGUACAUCACUUUGAUUUGGACCGAGAAUUUCUUUAAUUAUUUCAAUUCAAUCUUUCCUAUUCUUUCAAGACCUCAUUUUAGUUUCCUGCUUGAAAAGAAUGAAUUGAAUCCUUUAUUGAAAUUAGCUGUCUUCUUAUUAGGCUGUCGUUUAAAUAAUGAUGUAAAUGACUCUAAAGAUGAAAAAAUGUUAUAUCAACAGUUGGAUUAUCUUUUGAACACAUCUUAUGAUACAAUACAUGAUCUUUCCACUGUACAAGCAACUAUUAUCAUGUGUUGGUAUACACAUCUUGCUGGUGAUAAUCAUAAAUCUGCUUCUCUUCGCUAUUCAAUGGCUACAUUGAUUCAAGAAAUGAAUUUAGGCUAUGAAACAAAUAAAACAGAAGAUACACUUGAUGUAGAAAUGAAAAGGCGCGCCUUUUGGGUUUCAUAUGUAAUAGAUCAAUGGUUAUCGAUUUGCACGGAGAGUGAAAGAUAUUUGACGGCCAAUUUUAAUACUAAAUAUCCACAAUUAGAGGAUAGUCAAUUAUUCGCUUUAUUACAGCAUCAACAGUCACAACAAAAGGAAUCCUAUGUAUGCUCUCUUUCAGUCGAAUCUGCACUUCAGAUUAACUCAUUCACUCAAAUGAUUCUUUUAUCAAAAAUCAUAGGCCACUUAUUGUACCACGAUAAAGUGGAAUCUAACUUGACCGAGUGGUUAUUGCAGCUUCCGUCUUAUCUCGAUUACGGGAAAUCAAAUAAUGAUGUAUCACCUUCACCUGUGGCCAAGUUAUACCGAAUCUUUUAUUACACUGUUCAAAUCAUCAUGAAUAAACAAAGGAAGACGGAUCUGAGUACAAGCAUUUGUCUUUCCGCUGUUAAUUCUAUCUUUCAUAUCUCUGAACAAAUGCUAGAACAUGGACAAGAAAAGUAUCUUUACAAUGUCUUUUUCAUAUCUCUUACAUUAGCUGCUACUACUACUACUACUACUGCUGCUGCUGCUGCUGCUGCCUCUAUUCAUACCCCAGAUAGACUUGAUAUGUCUAAACGAAUUCAACUCCUAAAGAAGUUGAACUGUAGUUUGCUAUCAAUGGUUGAUUUUAAUAGAUUAUUAGAUUAUCAUUUCUUAAUGAAUCAACCGGAUUCUAAUUCGUUUCAUUUUAUCUAUCCGUCACCUACCAAUUCCUCUAGUUCUAUCUCUUCUAGAGAAUCUAAACAAAGUAUGAACAAAAAACGUGUCUAUGUUGCAGAAGAGUAUACAGAGCAACCUGAUGAUGAUGGCGGUGGCAGUGGCGACGGUAUUUCUAUAUUUCAGCAAGACUCAUUCAUCGAUUUUCAUAAAUCAGAUUCUAAUCAGCAACAAAUGAUAUUAAAUCAUUCGGAUAUCCCUUCUUCUUCAAUUACACAACAACAACAACAGUCAUAUGACCUCAUUCUAAAGGACUUAUUUUCAGAUAUAGACAAUAGUACUACACAUUUAUCUGAUUGGAUCGUCUCUUCAUUUGAAGCCUCUAAUACAUGUUCUCCAGCUUCUUAUUUUACACCAUCACAUUCUCCUUUACUUACCUUUCAUAUAAAAGAAGAAGAUAACUUAACUUUUAAUUUGUUAUCAACAGAUCAACAACAACUUUUUACUAAAUUUACUUCUUUAUAAGCGAUUAGUUUUAGUCACUCAUUUCUUUUCAUAAUAUAUAUAAAUAUGUAUAUGUAAUUAUGCUCCUAUAUAUGCUAUCAAUUCUAUACAAUGGAUCUAAUCAAUCUACAUGCAUUAUAUACACAAUUUAAUUUUAUUUAUUUAACGAUAUGGCAUUUACACAUAAUAAAAC